AAUACGUAACGAGUUGUUUUAGAACGGGAGGUAAAAGCUGUGAGGGGAUUAUCUAUGAGUUACGGAAUGCGACCAUUUUAAUGGGUUUAUACUCGUGACAUUAAAUCAAUUUCUGGCUUGUAUGUCGGUGCUCCGACAUGAUACAAGUCUUGAUCACGUUCUCAAGCCGUCAUACGUACAACAAAGCCUCGCUCGUCAAGUGUACACACGCUAUUGACGAUUUGAGGACAUGAAAUGAAUCCAGAUAGACUUGGUCGAAUUCCACCGCCAACAAGGCGACUUGUAGUGCGAAAAGCGAACAGCCAGAGGGAUUUACGUCCUAUCACCGAACGGGCGACUCUCGAUAAGGUUCUGGGUUUGACAGUCUCCAGGAACGCAGCUUUAGCCUGUGACCCGUUGUCUGGAGUAGUCGCUUAUCCGGCCGGAUGUGUGGUGGUCUUGUUUAACCCUAGGAAGAACCAACAGAGUUUUGUCCUAAAUACGUCCAGGAAGACAAUCACUUCUGUGGCUUUCUCUGGUGAUGGAAAAUAUUUGGCAACAGGAGAAAGUGGUCAUAUGCCAUGUGUGCGUGUGUGGGACAUGGAAGACCAGUCACAUCCACAGAUAUCAGAGAUGGUCAAAGGACAUAAAUUUGGUAUUUCAUGUGUGGCUUUUUCACCCAAUUUGAAAUAUGUGGCAUCUGUUGGAUUCCAGCAUGACAUGAUUGUAAAUAUAUGGAACUGGAAGAGUGGUACAAAGGUAGCCUGCAACAAAGUUUCAUCAAAGGUUUCAGCACUUUCAUUUUCUGAAAAUGGUAGCUACUUUGUUACUGUUGGUGUCCGUCAUGUGAAAUUUUGGUAUUUUGACACUGAAUCAAACAAAUCUAAGGUUUCCAAGACACUGGUAAUCAAUGGGCGAGCUGGACUUUUAGGAGAGCAGAGGAAUAACACGUUUUGUGAUGUAGCAUGUGGUCGUGGAGUUAACUCUGAUAUCACUUACUGUGUGACUAGCUCAGGAUUAUUGUGUUCCAUCAAUAGCAAGAGAGUGCUAGACACCUGGGUUGAGCUCAAGACAUCUAAAGCAUAUGCAUUGGCAGUCAGUGAACAUUACAUUAUAUGUGGAUGUGCUGAUGGAAUAAUAAGAGUUUUCAACCCGUUGAAGUUACAGUUUAUAGUUACCAUUCCAAAGCCUCAUUUUCUGGGUGUUAAUGUAGCAGAAGGCAUUGAUUCCAGUAACCCUUUGUCAAAACCUGAGCAGGCAGCUUAUCCAGACGCCGUUGCUGUAGCGUUUGAUACAGUAAACCAUAAGCUGACGUGUGUUUAUAACGACCAUAGUCUGUACACAUGGGACGUGAAGGACAUGAAAAAGAUUGGAAAAGCUUGGUCGUCACUUUACCACAGCACGUGUGUAUGGGGAGUUGAGGUUUACCCCAAUGUGACUGAUAAUCGCCAGGCGGCUCUGCCACCGGGAUCCUUUCUCACAUGCUCGUCUGAUGACACUGUUAGAGUAUGGAACAUUGAAGAAGGAACAAGUAUAUUAUUUGAGAGAAACGUUUAUAGUAAGGAGAUGAUGAAAGUCUUAUACACGGAAGAUACAGUGGCAAACCUUAAAGACAAUGAUAUUAGCCCUGCCAUAAAGAACAUGCGAGAUUCUACCGGUGAUACGCGAAAUGCUGGAGUAAGAUGUCUUCGCAUUAGUCCUGAUGGGCAAACACUCGCCACGGGGGACAGAUCUGGAAAUGUCAGGGUAUACGAUUUGAUGUUUUUCGAUGAAGUCGCAAAGAUUGAAGCGCACGAGUCUGAAGUUUUGUGUGUGGAGUUUUCACCCAAUGAAUCAGGACACAAACUACUGGCAUCCGCCGGCCGAGAUCGACUCAUUCAUAUCUUUGAUAUCGUGAACAACUUUGUCCUUGUUCAAACAUUGGAUGAUCACUCAGCAUCAAUCACGUCAGUCAAAUUUAACGUGUCAGAAUCCGAUGAGUUACAGCUUCUGAGUUGUGCCGCAGACAAGUCGAUCAUAUUCAGAACAGCCCAGCAGAAUCCCGAAUUUCAGUUUGUUCGAACAACGAAUCAUGUUGGUAAAACAACAUUUUACGACAUGGACAUUGAUCCAUCAGGGAAAUAUGCUGCUACGGCUUGUCAGGACAGAGGUGUUAGAGUGUACGAUGUAAAUAGUGGCAAGCAGACGAGAAAUUACAAAGGCACUCCUAGAGAUGACGGAACGUUGGUUAGGAUAACUUUGGACUCUUCAGGGACAUACGCUGCCACCAGUUGUUCAGACAAGAGCGUGUGUUUGACUGAGUUUGAGUCUGGUGAAUGUGUCGCGAGUAUGUCUGGUCAUUCAGAGGUGGUGACUGGUCUGAAAUUUUCUGUCGACUGCAAGAAUCUCAUCUCUGUUGGCGGAGAUGGGUGCAUCUUUGUGUGGAAAAUACCAUCAACUUACACCCAGAAUAUGGUGGAGAAACUUCACGUACUUGGAGAGGAGCCAGAAAAUAAAAUCGAGUUUGGCACUCCCAUCAGACGUGAGACUUACCAAAUGGCUCAUCCGUCGAUAAUCGAAACGGCUGAAGAGGACGACUUUGUACCAGCUGACCCUUCAGCGUUCAGCAGACCAAUGAAAGAUCCCAGUCCUCCUGUUAAAGAUUACCGUUUCAGCGUGGGGCAGCUGCCUGCGUGGGCCAAAAAGCAGCUCGUCGCUGAAGGAAAUGAGAAGACUACGGUUUCUCCGGAAGAGAGUAACACAGGAACAGUAGUUCAACCCGGAGGGCGAUGGGCUCAGAGAGUCCAGAAUGGUGGUAUUCACAUUGCUGGUGACAAUGGCAAGAUAAAACCGAUUCCUUUAUUGCUGGAUCCCACAGAUGGCGGGAAAAGAUACACAGUAGAACCGAUCUCUCUCCAGGAGCAAAUGAGAGCGUUAGCAAGCAGCCCUCUCGAGAGACGUUGCUCACUUACCUAUGGGGAAGAUGAUGACUUGUUCCCCUCAGACGGCCGAGCAGCGCUGGAGAAUUUGAGCGAAGAAGAGAAGAAUCAUACCGAGCAGGAAGCCGCACCGCCAGGCGUCACUGUGUCACGUGGUAGUGAUAUAAUGCCGAAGGCUCGAGUUAGGAAGAGCAGUGUAGAAGUGUCCGAAUCAGGAGAACUGAAAUUUGAAGAAGCAGAGGAGCUUGAUGUAGGGGACGCGAAGGAAGUUAUCAUCUACCUACCCCCAAGCCAGGAUGACUUCGACAGCGAAGUUGCAAGAGCUUUCGAGUUGUCUGUCGCCGAGCGGCCAAAGAGAUUGUCUCUAACAGUAGAAGAUCCCAAAGGCGAAGAACAAGAGGGCAAAGACAAAGGUAGAGUGGAAGAGAAAGGGACAAAUUCUCCUUCCAGUGAAGACGAUGAAGACGAAGUGAUAAGUCCGUCGGAGGAUACCACAAAGCCAUUUGGUUACGAUGAGAACAAGCCCGAGGGAGGAGAGGAUGAGGAGAUGGUUGGUCGCUAUUUCGAAACUCUAGGUACCAGUUCUCCAGCGCAAAAAGCGGACGAGCAAGUCACAGAGCCGCCGCCCCUGGACACGGAUCGGCUGAUGCGGACCAGGCUGAGUAUCUCGGCCAGAUUUUUGUCGCGUUCGCACCAACCUGGAAGGAUUGGUGUAAUAUCGACAAACCUUGAUGAAGAGAAAGGAGAAAAUCAUCAUUCAGAUGAUUCCAAACAGGAUCUUCAAAGGCGUAAAGAAGAAAUGGCGCAGGCUGUGGAGGCUACUCGUAAACGACUCGAAGCUCUGGGAUGGAAAGCUAAGGAAGACAUUUUGAAGAAGAUGCCAGUCAACAGUGCGACAUCAACAGCAACUAUAACCUCCGUCUCUUCUGUAUCCAGCAAAACUGUCGUUUCUUCUUCUAAAACCACAACAAUUUCAUCCAACUCCGGAUCAUCUCCAAGCACUGCAGCUGAAGAGCCUGCCUCCAAAACUAGUACUGUGUUAUCGUCUGUCUCGACUACACACACUUCAUCCGUGAGUGCCAUCUCAAAAACCAGCACCGUCGCCACAUCCAUGUCGUUUACACCCACUACAGUCGUUAAUUCUGUGUCUGGCACUGGUAAAAACGGAGACAGUACACCCGUGUCUGCACUAACAGAGUCAAGCAGUAAGCCUUCCGUCAUAACUAACCUGCUUGAGACGCGAUUAGCAGAUGUCCAAGAGAACAGCAAGGAGGAACGGAAGGAUCAGUCGGCUAAGAAAGAUAUUCCUGAGUCGAAGAAAGAUAAUGUCUCAAAAGCUGACGAUACCGAGAAAUCCAAGCGUACUGCGUCCAAUCUGAUUGCGUUUUUCAGUCAGUCAAAGUCAUCCAAAAACAAAGACAAGGAAAAAGAAAACUCGAAAGAAAAAGAGAGAGCAAAAUCGAAGGAAAAAGACAAAGAGAAGGGAAGAGCCACACCCCCACUGGUCAAGGAGAUAUCUGAUUUAAAAUCUACCUCCGGGGGUAAACUUGAACGGCGGGGCUCUGAGGGAAAAUCAUGGCGAAAAUCGCUGGGAAUUCUAGGGGGAAGUUCCAAGCAUGACAAAGAAGACAAACAUAAAAGGCAUUCUGAACCCAGAUCUUCAACCCCACCUGACAUGCUGUCGAAAAACGCGCUAAAACAAAACGAGAGGGAAGACAAAUUGAAUAAGAAACCAACUGAGCCUCGUUCGUCCACACCGCCUGUUGACAAACAAAUGAAGAAUUCCCAGCCAGCGAAACACCACGAAAGCACUUUAAAAACUGUAAAAGAAGAAAAAGACAAAAAGUCACCCACUAAACCACAGCCUGAGAGGCGAUCGUCUAAUACGUCAUCCGAGCUGGCGGGAAAAACUUCUCAGCCGCCUGGCGCUAAAACAAACGAGACUUCUUUGACUACUUCGUCCAGAAAUGCUCCUUUAAGAGAGAAGAAAGGACGGGUUUCUAGUGAGGAGAGACGAGAAAAAUCGCGGUCGUUAGGUGACAUAGGUAGCAGACUACACAAAGUAGAAGAAGUGUCUAUUUUAGAUCCGAGUGUGCCGCCAUCUAGAACUGUUGACACUAUGGAUAUACCGAAUCAAAUAAAAACAGCUGAAAAACGACCCAAGUCAAGCGCCGGUAUUUUGGAGACAACCCCACCUCAGACGAAAAAACCAUUAGAGCGAAAUUCGGUUGAUAAUAAUGAUGUUUCAAGUACAAAAAAUCUUAAAGAACACACCGACGUUUUGAAUGGAACUUCCGAUAAAAACGAUAUUUCGACUAAUGGCAGCUUGUUAACUAGUAAUGAAUAUUCGACAGGACGAAAACCACCUCCGGACGAGCAGCUGAAUCCUGCGUUGGAUGGGCCUGGUAACGAAGCUAUACCAGUCCUAGGUUCUACCCUUGAAAAGAAAUCGAACACUUUGGACCUGGGAACUAGUAAGCCCUUGUCACCGCGCAGAACCUCUCGGAGUGGUAGCGGGUCGAGCUUUAUGUCUGAUAUCAGUGAACUGUCAGCUGAGCUGUCUGCAGCUAUUGCGUCACCACCGCCUGAGCCACUCAGAUUGAGCGUGUCUGAGUCGAACUUGUUGAGUACCAGUCCUCCCUCUACAAGUCGGAAGUCUUCCACUGAUGCUGCUAACUCCACCGAUAUUGAUCAAAAUACAUGUCAGGAAACCCUUGAACACCUUGUGCAGGCUUUUCAAAAGGUUAUGGAUGUUCAGUCUAAGAUUCUGAAUGGAGAACCCUCGGACGAUAACCACCAGUUGUUAUCGUACAUUACCAGCACUUUUUCAGCCAUAGAGGAACAGAUUCACGAUUCGCGUCUUCGUCGGCGGAAGUGGGAACUCUCCUACCUCCCCUGGGGUAAACCCGGCACAGCUCCUAGACCACUCGGCGGCGCGCUCAGCUUCUCCACCGGAAACCUGGACCAAGUUGGUUCAAAACUUCGUCCUUUCAGGAGGACUUCUGAGCUUUCUGUUUCCUCAAUUCCUGAAGAGGAGGUUGAAAUACAUGAAGUGUUACUAGAAAAGUACUCUGAUAGACUAUUGGAAAUGGUCGCAAAGAAACUUAAACAAUGAGGAAUACUUUCGUGUUGCGAGCACAACUGACGAGAGUUCUCUUUCUUUGAAACAGUAUGACUAGGAAAAUGGGUUGGGUUUGAUUAAAAUGGCUUAGAGAUUACUAUGAACGUGUCCUGGGUUAGUCUCGUUACCGCGGUACUGUUGAGUGUUUGCCCUUGGUUUACCUGAACAGGCGAAUGCUACCGCAGAUGAUGUCUAUUCCAUACAUGACUGAUUACCAUUAGCUUGUAAUCACAUGUGGUAAACUGCAAUUCUAAGGAGCUAAGACUGGACUUUUAUCUGGAAUUUUCUAUCGCCGCUCUCAUUAACUGCUAGCCUAACAUGGAAAACAACAGAUGAGGUUGGAAUAGUUCCUUAUGACGUUGGCGAGGGCAGUUAAAUGCAGUUUGCUCCUGUUAAGAGCAAUCAUGACUUCAUUAUUUACGUACAUCCUAUGCAACUUAGGUUGAAGGAUUCACCCAUCUUGAAAUACGUCAACUCAAUCAUCUAACAAACUUCGCCAGCUUUAAUAUUUAAGCUGCUAUUUUCUACAUAUUUUCGUAUUUUUUUUGUCUUAAAGAAAGUCAUCAAAGUACUUCAUGAGUAAUCUAAUGAGAAAAAUCCAUAGUUUUGUUCAAAACUGCAUAUUAAAAAGCCAAAAUGUAAAUUAAUA